UGCGUUGGUUGCUUCCCUGACAGCUACAGGCAGCUGUGAGGGAGUCUGAGAAAAGGAAAGAUUACAGUACAAAUCUUCUGCGUAGAUGAAAAACUUGAAACAACUGAGAAGUCUUGUGUCAGGAAGGCAGGCAGGGAGUGGGCUAAUGUGUUACUGAACUUAAUGUGAGCAUUUUGUAAGCCUGUAUAGAAAUCAAGUUGGAACUUGGACCUGGAGUUUUGUUCUUUCACAUGUACAAACCUUCCUGUUCUUCUGUUUGUGUUGGGAAAUACUGAGCAAUGGGACAAUCAGCACAGAACACGGACACCAGCAGAGUCCAUAUGUUUGGCGUGUCUCUUUCGGUGCCCUCAGUGAGGUUUCUGUCCUGCAGUAGAAACCAGGGGAGUGAGUGGCGCUCGUACGAUGCAAGAGUUUAAAUACUUCAGGGAUGGGGCUACAGUGGUGAUUUCAUUCGAUGGUUUGAACUGGCUUUCUAAAAGGAGAUGCAGUGAGAAAGGAACCAAGAGAAGGGAUGAAGAGCUCCAGUCGUUGAUGACCUCAGGUCAGAUGAUCCGGGCUGCUGAGGAGCAGCCGAUCACAUGCUUCUGUAUCCUUGAACAAAGAGGAAGUACAGCCCCUCAGUUAUGGAGGAACAGUGACUGUAGAUCAAGCUUGGUAACAUGGCCGCCAUCCCUCUCUAUCUCCCUUCAACACUGUUGUCUUCCGAAGGAGCCCAGACAUCGUUCAAAGUUCACUCCUUUAGCUUCUUUUGUGUCAAACUUCCCGAAGGAGGCCCAGUGGAUGAGACUUAUUUUAAAUAUGCGGGACAUUUUCAGUUUUAUGAAAAAGGAUUUAAACAUUGUGACCCUGCAGGACACUCUUACAUUAGAUCAUAAUAGCUUUAUCAUUUUCUGUGACGAGGACAUACUGCUGCAACGCUUUGGUGACACUGAGGAUUGUAGGACGUCUAUAGGGGAUACUGGUUGGAGUAUCAGUGAAAACAACAUGUUAAGUGAUUUGAAAAUCUCCACAGCCCACUGGCCCCGCAGUCCCAGCACCGACAACUCAAAGGAGAUUCAACAUGAACCGGUCUGCAGAGACAGUUUUAACACAUGCAACUUUAAAAGUCUUCUGAAAUCCUGUCGAAUCUGCAGCGCUCCACAGGUUUUGUCUGGGAGGGACAGGAAUGUAAAAAAGAAAAAGAGCGUGUCCUUUGAUGAUGAUGUCACAGUCUACCUGUUUGAUCAGGAGAGUCCCACCGUGGAGCUGCACUCUGGGCCCUGCACAUCUCUGCCAAGCAGCUAUUCCUGCAACCUGCCAGAUGUCAUAUUAGAAGACAGUGGUUUGGAGUGGGAGGACGACUUCUCAGCCUUGGAGAAGAGCUGCCAUUUUCAGUGUGUCAGACACUCGAUAUCUCAGCAAUACACCCUUUCCUUGCCAGAGCAGAGCUGCACUGCUCUGCCCAGGCGUUUCUGUCUGUCCCAAACCUGCCUGUUCCUCACCCAUGUCACUGAGUCAGACCUUGAGCUGUGAGAUAAAGGGUUCGUGACACACGUAUACACACACAUAACAGCCAGCCUUGGCCUAAUGGAAAAACUGACUAAUCAUCCAGAUCUCGUCCUCCUCACCUCUAACUCGUCUGCCCACCCACCCCCCUCCUCUUUUACGAUGAGUCAGGGAUUUUAAUGGAUUUUUUCCCUCCCUCUUCUCCAAAUGGAUUCAUAGCACCUGGCGUUCAUGACAUCACAGCCACGCAGGACUGUGUGACAGUGCAUUCAGCCUUCACAGUUGUUGGUAUUACACGAUCACUGGCUAUGAUGUGAUAAAACAGCCAGUUGCCUAACAGUGCUGGUACCUUUCCAGCUGUAAACCUGUUUGGAAGCUGUUUUCCAUGCCAGGUUGUGUCCUUGGACCUGAAACAUUAAUGUUUUAAAUUCCAAAUUACAUGAGUUUAAUAAACUGUCAUUAGUGUCUGGAAUCCCAUUUUAUCUUUAAAUUGUUGUAUUCAGCAAAUUCCAGGUUAAUCUUGGGACUAUACUAAGACUAUACUGUUGUUUAUACAGUUUGUUUUGCUAAAACAGAGCAUGCUUGUGGAGGCCCUGUUUGCUUGUCUCAUUACUGAAGUGUAUUCAGCUAAGAAUUUAUCAGCGGCUGUGGCUAAAUAAACAGUGUAAGCCUUAGGGCCAAUGGAGGCAGAAACUGAACAAACUAAAAGUAAUAGAUAAUGUUUCCACAGAGCCAGCAUCAGCAAGGUUUGGUUGAUUAGAUAUAGUGUACCUGAAGAGGAAAGGAAACCUGGCAGGACCAGUCUUAGUACACACACACACACACACACACACACACACACACACACACACACACACACACACACAAGCUGUUCAAGGACAAAAAAAGCUAAUAAAAAGAGCUGGGAGCUUCACACCUGUAGCUACAGUAUUGUUGUUGUUACACAUUUGUAAUACUCAGUGUUAAUGUUACUAACAGUCAAAUUACACUGAUGUUCUUUAUCCAUAAACUGAUCCUGGUUAAUGGCUUAUUUUUAACUAGGCUACCAUAAAGUAGGCUAUAUUUCUAUUAUUGCUACUUUUAUUUAAAACUAGUUAAAUUUGCUCUGUCAGGUUCUUCUUUAAGCUAAUGUGCCACUUAGCCUUAGAUUUGUUACAUUAAAAAGUAAAGCAUCAGAAUUAUUUAGUAAUACGCUAUUUAGACAGAAACUAAACAAAAAAUGUUAAGUAAUCAACAUUUCCCCCUUAUUAAUUCAUUAAAUACUUUACGUAUGUUGCUGCUACACUGUUGCUACAUUUUCUGGUUAAGCUGCGCUUCCUAGCUGCUAGCUGCUAGCUUGCGCAUGGCUCUUGCUCAGUGUGUCGCUGUGGCUCAGAAACUUCAUGGUUUUAUAUGAAAAAGUUCUAAAUUAACUUAAGAGGACAUUUCUUAGCUUUAAACUUCACAAAUUUGGAAAUAAUGCAUGGGAAGAACACAAUAUCUACUGCGUUCAGUCUGCCAACAUUAAACACCUUUGUUGUUUACAAUAUUUAAUACAUUAGUUAAAAAAGAAGAAACCUACAGUUAUUUGAUAACAGAUGUUAUUAUCAGAUUAGUCAAAUUAUCAACAAAUAAAAAUGAACAUGAUAGAGGGCAGAACUAUAAGCUUGUAAUAGAAAUUUAUCUAAAAUGCUUUUAAACCAGUUACAUUUUCCUUUUCUUUAAGUUAGAAGUUUACUUUCAAUAAUUCAGUUUAAUCUAAUGUAAGAAGUGGAUAUUUAUUCAUUUGGAUUUUUAAAUAGAUAUAUAUAUUUGAUAGUUGAUAGUUUAAGAAUAAAAUAUAAAAAACAUACUAUAGGUAUGGAAAAGACAGGCGUCUAGAAAAAGCCUCAAGAGACUGUGGGUUAUUUCUGAUUCACACUGUGCUGUGAAACAUGAUUUGACUGUAUGAAUGGUCAGUCAGUAUAUCUCACUGCCAUGACACCACCCUUUCUCUACUCCACUAUCUAUCACAGUCCGAAGGGACAAUAAUCCCAACUGCCAACAGUUGUGUUUUGGUCCCCCAGGUCAAACAGACAAGGUGGGAUACAGCAGAUCACACACACAAGAGGGGAAGGGGUGUGUUUGUUGGUCAUUAUUUAAAAAGGUUUACUGUGUUAUGUGUGUUCUGUCCUUUUUUUUCCCGGCCGUUUUGAUCAGCGCAGUAGUUUGACGGCAUCUGUUAGCUGUCAUUACAGGAAAAACAACAGUGUUGUGCAAAAAGUUUGUUAGUCUGGUAAAAAGUAAAUAAUGUGACAAAGUUUAAAUUAGGCCUGGCCCUGCCUCUGUACAUUCAGGUUUAGCCUGGAGGACUGUAUUCAAAUAAAGCAGCGGAGGGUGAUAAGCCACAAUGGAAAUUAUGUUAACUGCUUAGAGUUAAAGGAGUGGAUGAGGAACAAAAACACAGGGUUUCCGUUGACUGUCUCAUUUGACUUAGAAUAGGCCAAGAAUUAAAUAUUAGAUAGAGUUCAACCCAUCAUCUGCAGAGUGUCACCUUUUUCCUACAAAACUUGCAACUUAAUUUAGUUUUCCUUCAAAUCACAUACAUUCAUGUAAAUUACUUUUAGUGGCUUUUAAAAGAGACUGUAAAACUAUGAUACAACGCCAUGGUGCUAACUCUGUGAUGUUUCUACUUCAGGUAUAAUGAUAUUUGGAAAAACACAUUUCCUUUACAUUUUAUGUAUGUACAUUCACUCAAGCACAUACACUUUUGACUUUACUUGUGUAUUUCCAUUUUGUGCUGCUUUAUACUUCUACUCCACUUAGAGGGAAAUACUGUACUGUUUACAUCACUACAUUUGUUUAAUCGCUGUACUUUUUCAAUUGUACACAUUCAGUCAGUUUAUAAAAUAUGUUGCAUUGCUACAAAUUAAACUACCCUGUGGUAUAUAAAGCAGUUAAAAUAAGUGCCACUGCUUAAUGCAUCAGUCAUUAUGGUGUGAUAACAACAGACUGGAGCCAGUGGCCAUGGUGAGUAUGCUGUGUACAUUAUGCUGCUGAUACUUUUUAACUUUUAUGUAAAACUUUGAAUACAGACUUUGUUGUUGUUGUUUUUUUUUUACUUUAACUUACAUUUUCUGAAUACUUGUUCCACUACCAAGUGCUGGGUUGUCAAAUAAUGUGGUCAAACAUUUCUUUCUUUCUUUCCUAUUAGGAUAGGCCAUUUUUGCACAAAGCCAGAAAUCAUGUAGUGUUGUGACAUUGUUGCAGCAUUUGGAGAGAGAGAGAGAGAGAGAGAGAGAGAGAGAGAGAGAGAGAGAGAGAGAGAGAGAGAGAGAGCACAGAGCUGGAGGGAGCGGGCUGGCUCUGUGAUUGGCUGAGCAGCGCUACGUGUACAUCAGUCAGCUACAGGUAGCUCACAUGUGACAGUUAUCAGAUUGUGUGUGUGAGUGUGUGUGUGUGUGUGAGUGUGUGUGUGAGUGUGUGUGCGUGUGUGUGUGCGCGCUGCACGGCUCCGCUCUGCUCUUUACGCGAUGGUGCUGUGGAUGAGCGGCUGCAUGGGGACGGCGUUUCUGUAAACACUCGGGAGGAAAGUUAGUGUUAAUAACUUCCAAGGCCUGUUGAAGCUGUGAGAUCUAUACUGUUUAAGAGAGAGUGAGGCAGCAGGAUGAAGUCCAAAGGGAAGGCUGUGAAACCAUCCAGGAGGCCCUGGUCUGACCCCGAGCCCGAACUUGAACCUGACACAGAGCCAGGCUCCAGUGAGCAGGAAGGCUCGGAGGCUUCGGUGCCGAUCGGCGGCUCCUGGAGGGGGUCGCUGAGGGACGGGGCCGGCAAGCGCCAAGGAGGAAAGGGCGGAGGCCGGCGACGUAGGCAACAUGGCUCCAGCAAAAAGGAACGCAGCGUCAGGCGGCUAGAGAGCAACGAGCGGGAACGCCAGCGCAUGCACAAGCUCAACAACGCCUUCCAAGCAUUGCGCGAGGCCAUCCCCCACGUCAAGACUGACAAGAAGCUGUCCAAGAUCGAGACACUGACCCUGGCAAAGAAUUACAUAAAAUCCUUAACCACCAUCAUCCUGGACAUGUCAGGGGCCUGCCUGCCUGCUGGUGGGGACCCUUCAGAGUCCAGCGCUGCCAAGCUGCUCCAGUGCUACCAGCAGCACCUGGAGGAGGAUGGGGAGGAUGAUCUCACCCAGUACCUCACCCACGUGCACAACUUCAGCAAGCGCAGCUAACAGUGGCUGCAGUGUGGUUGUGAGACCAGGAGAGCCACCAGGAAGCUGUCACAGAGGCCUGGGUAGACUUUUGGGGCCAAAUCUCAAACUAUAUCCAGUUCCUACGUGCGCACCACUCUGGGAUCUGGUCAAAAGUGUUGUUCACUGUAGGAACCGGGUGCUGUGGCAGAUCAUAGACCUCUGUCAAUAAACCCAUGCUUGACCAAAGCAAGAGGUGGGCUGUGUAGAACUUGCCCUUCAUACGAAAUAUGGAAGGAUUUGAGGACCAUUCACCUUACAGACACAAAGACUGCAGACUGUGAAACCCAGAUGGAUCGUGGUUAUGUAGAGUGAAAUGUGUUGUUGUGCUCAGAAAGGAAGGGCUAAUCUUUUGCCAUUCUCUUAUUUCUCGUCUUCUUCGAUAUGAGCCUGAGCAGGAACUCUCUUUUGUGUUAUCUUGUGAUCUGCUUGUGUGUUUUCUGUUGAGAAACCUGCUCAUUGUAGCCUCCAGUCAUAACUGUCACAUUCAGGAAAAAAAGAAAUGCAAGCAGCGGGUAAAAACAUUUAAAUGUUGGAGCUAGAAAGUGUGUUUGCUUAUUUGCUGAUGAGGAUAGUCUACCGGCAAGUUGACAGUUGAUUAACUUGUCUUCUUAAAGGUUGUGCGCCCAUAGCUUGGAGUCCCAGAUGAUGUUUAAAGUGCGUGUUAUUUGACUUUUUGUGUGUUGAGGCAGGACUCUGUAGUGAAAAAGAGGAGAAGAGAAACUAUUUGAAGAGUUAUUAUCAAUAAACAUUUAUUUAUUGACAA